AUGAUUAGUGCUUUUUUUAUUUACAAUCAAAAAGGAGAAGUGCUCAUUUCGAGACUUUAUAGACAUGACUUGAGACGUUCAGUGGCAGAUAUAUUUCGUAUUCAGGUCAUUUCCAACACGGACGUACGUUCACCCAUUGUCACUAUUGGUUCUACUACCUUCUUUCAUGUCCGUCACGAAAACUUGUAUAUUGUAGCUGUCUCCAAAUGGAAUACCAAUGCUGCCCUUGUCUUUGAGUUUUGUUAUCGUGUUGUCAAUAUCGGACGAGGCUAUUUUGGAAAGUUUGAUGAAGAAGCGGUCAAAAAUAACUUUGUGUUGAUCUACGAACUUUUGGAUGAAAUCCUUGAUUUUGGAUAUCCUCAGAACAGUGAGACAGAUACAUUAAAGAUGUACAUCACGACAGAGGGAGUAAAGUCGGAAAAGGCAAUGGUUGAAGAUUCGAGUCGGAUUACGAUUCAAGCAACGGGAGCUAUUUCAUGGAGACGAAAUGAUAUCAAAUACAGAAAGAAUGAAGCAUUUAUUGAUGUUAUCGAAAGCGUCAAUCUGUUGAUCAGCAAUACUGGUACUAUCUUACGAGCUGAUGUCGCAGGUCAGAUUUUGAUGAGAGCUUAUCUUUCGGGCACUCCUGAAUGUAAAUUCGGAUUAAAUGACAAGCUGGUAUUAGAUAAAGAUACAGUCAAUAGAAAUAUGGGCGCUCGACGAACAAAUACAGUAGAAAUUGAUGACUGUCAAUUCCAUCAAUGCGUUAAACUGGGCAAGUUUGAUACAGAUAGAACCAUUAGCUUUAUACCACCUGAUGGCGAGUUUGAAUUGAUGAAAUAUCGUACAACAGAAAAUGUGAAUCUUCCAUUCAAGGUACAUCCUGUCGUGACGGAAAUUGGCAAGACUCGAGUGGAAUAUAAUAUCAACGUCAAGGCUAAUUUCUCACCUAAACUUUAUGCAAAUAAUGUUGUACUCAAGAUACCGACGCCAUUGAACUCUGCUAAAGUAGAAGUCAAAGUAGGCGCAGGUGGAAAAGCGAAAUAUAACCCAGCUGAGAAUUGCAUUAUCUGGAAAAUACCUCGUUUCCAAGGUCAAGCAGAGUUUACUUUGAGUGGUGAAGCAGAAUUAUCAGCUACAACACAUAAACGAGUUUGGUCAAGGCCGCCUAUAUCCAUGGACUUUCAAGUCCUUAUGUUUACUUCUUCGGGAUUACUUGUUCGAUUUUUGAAAGUGUUUGAAAAGAGUGGAUACCAAUCUGUUAAAUGGGUUCGAUACAUGACAAAGGCUGGAUCCUAUCAGAUUAGAUUUUAA